AUUUGUUAAUAAUUUAAAUAAGACACAACUGUGCUGUUAUAGAAAUUAAAAAGAAAUAUGGACUCAUUUAAUUUGAAAUCAACUGAUCCUAAUACAAUUCUGUCAUUAAUAGAAGAAUUAAGUGAUUUAUCUUAUGCAGAAAUACAAUUAAAAUUAAAUACAUACAUACAAACUAAGACUGGUACAAAAUUAUGUUUCCUUGCUUCUAUUUUAUAUGAAAGAAAAGAAACAGUUAUACAUGUAAUAGGUAACAAAAUUUUGGAUCAAGAAUUAAGAUUACCUAUAUCAAAUAUCUUAAAUAAAAUAAUUGAUUCGCCGAAAACAAUAAUGGCUAGUUCUUCCGAAUUAACUAAAGAAUUAUUACAACACAUUUAUUUAUUAGAUAAACAUUAUAUAGAUGAACCAUUUUUGUUAAUUCCUGUACAACAUCAUGAUCAUCAUGAUCAUCAUCAUCAUCAUCAUCGUCGUCAUGAUCCAAAACAAUUAACGGCAUUGGUCGUGUGCAUAAUUGGUUGUGAAAAUAAAACUACAUCUAUAGAGACAUGUACAAAAAUAGUUGUGGAAUGUUUUAGAUAUUGCCUUGGAUAUGUUCUAAGCUCGUUAAGAUGUUACGAAGAAACUCGAUUAAAACAUCAAUGUCAAAAUAUACUUGCUAUUUCUAGAAAACUUAUUACUCGUUUAGGAGAUUUAACUGAUCUAUUACGUGAAAUUAUGACUGAAGUUAGAAAUCUUACGAAAGCUGAACGAUGUUCCUUAUUUCUUUUGGAAAAUGAUCAACAAGAGUUAGUUGCAUAUGUGUUCGAUGGAAUAUCCAUAAAAGAAUUUGUUAAAGAAAUGCGAAUAUCUGUGAGUAAAGGAAUCGCUGGUCACGUUGCUAUGACUGGACAAUUAUUAAAUAUCAAAGAUGCUUAUGAACAUCCAUUAUUUUAUAAAGGUAUCGAUGAAGCAACUGGUUUUAAGACUAAAAAUAUACUUUGCUUUCCAAUCCGUGACGAAAAUGGAAUAGUUGGUGUCGCUCAACUUUGUAAUAAAAUAGGUGGCUUGUAUUUUGACGAUUUUGACGAAGAAAUUGCAACUGCUGUUAGUAUUUAUUGUGGUAUUACGAUUAUGCAUAGUAUUGUUUAUAAAAAAAUGAAAGAUGCACAAGCUAGAAAUAAAUUGAGCAAUGAAGUGAUGAUGUAUCAUAUGAAGGUCGAAGACGAAGCUGUUUUUGAAUUGCUUAAUUGGAAAGUUAAAGAUAACAUAUCAGACUUUGGUGAAUUUCAUUUUAGUCCUAGAGAUAUAUCCUAUGAAGACAUGUCUUGUUGUAUGAUCAAAAUUUUUAGUGAUUUAAAUUUUAUUCAAUAUUUUAAAAUUAAAAUGAACACACUAGCCAGGUUUAUAUUAUAUGUUAAAAAAGCUUACAGACAUGCGCCAUAUCAUAAUUGGGUGCACGCUUUUUCCGUAGCACACUUUGCUUAUUUAUUAAUUAAAAAUUUGAAUCUUAUCAAAGACAAUUAUUUAACGUACUUGCAAGCUUAUGUAUUUUUAGUAUCGUGUCUGUGUCACGACAUUGAUCACAGAGGAACCAAUAAUGCUUUUCAAACUACGUCCGAUACAGUUUUAGCAAGUCUUUAUAGUUCUGAAGGUUCUGUCAUGGAGAGACAUCAUUUUGCACAAACAAUGUGCAUCUUAAAUACAGAAGGUUGUAACAUAUUUGAACAUUUUACUAGUCAACAAUACAGAGAAGCAUUGGGUUUUCUAAAAAGUAACAUUUUAGCAACCGAUUUAGCAUCUCACUUGCGCGAUAUCAAAAAACAAAGCGAAAUGAUCAAAAAUGGAUAUAAAAAUGAUGAUACGAAAAAUCAAAAACUUCUUUGUGGUAUGUUAAUGACCUGUUGUGAUCUCAGUGAUCAAACUAAGGAUUGGACGAUUACCAAAAAAACUGCUGAAUUAAUUUACGAAGAAUUUUUUUCUCAAGGUGAUUUGGAAAGAAGUAUGGGUAAAACACCGAUAGAAAUGAUGGAUAGAAAUAAAGCUUUUAUACCGGAUCUACAAGUUGAAUUUAUUACAGAUAUUGUUGUUCCAGUUUUUACUAAUCUGGCCAUGUUAUUUCCAAUGGCUAAAUCAUUUGUUGACAAUUUGAAACAUAAUAAAAAUUUAUGGGAAGCUUCGAAAAAGGUAUUUGAAAAAUAUGCCGAAAAUGGAAUACAGGGUAUGAAAGUCCUGUUGGAUCCUAAUUUUGAAACUGAAGUAUUCCAUAUUUAUUGUAAAAACGGUCAAGAGAAUACAAAUGUUGUUCCAUGUUAAAUCUUAAAAAAAACAAAAUAUUUAUAUUUAAAUAAUAAUAAUAAUAAUUAC